AUGAAGAUCCCCCUCUCAGUAAUCCUGCCGGGUGAGACAUCCGAGGCGUGCUGCACGUGCGCCACGGUGCUCUCGGAAGUCCCCAGAUACUCGCCCCAGACGGAGAAGCCGUACCCGGCUGAUAGGAGGCUGGGCUGUUGCCCGAGGGUGAUUUGUGGGCGGUGUAUCCACGAAAACGCCCGCUUCGCCACGUACUGCCCCUAUUGCCAGGUCGCCAGCGAGGCGUCCUCCAACCCCCUCCCACAAGGCCUCCGCGAGCCACCCUCAUACGACACCGCCACAUCCCAGACGAGCACCACCACCACCACCAACCCGAGGACGACAGACACGCCGGGCGGCAGCGCCGACGACGCGCCGCCGCCGCCGUACAAGCCCUCCCCACACCCACACCACCAAGACGCAGAAAAGCCCAAGUCCUCCGACACCCCCCCGCCCCCAGACACCCUCCACUUCAUCCACCCAACAGAAGACAGCAUCCCCUCCCUCUCGCUGCGCUACGGCGUCCCCGCGCCGGUGCUGCGGCGCCACAACAACCUCACCUCAGACCACCUCCUCUCGGCGCGGCGCACCCUGCUGGUCCCGGGGUCGCACUACCCGUCGGGCGUGUCGCUGUCGCCGCGGCCCGUGGGCGGCGAGGCCGAGGAGGCGCGCAAGGCGCGCAUCCGGCGGUGGAUGGUCGCGUGCAAGUGCGCGUCCUACGACGUCGCCGAGCUGUACCUCGCGCAGGCGGGCGGCGACCUCGGCGCGGCCGUCGAGCGGUACCUCGCCGAUGAGGAGUGGGAGAGGGCGAACCCGCUCGAGUCGGGGCCGAGGGCCAAGGGCAAGGGCAAGGGGAGGGCGGGGCCGAGCUUUGGCGGUGGGGGCACCUGGGCUGCGCAGGCUGCGUUUCUGAAGCGGCAGGGGCAGUCGUGA